AUGCCUAUUGAGAAUUCGAAAAGAACUACAAAUAUCAUUUUGGAGGCUUUGAAAAAAACGGGGCAAAGGGGAAUAAUUGACCAAGGAUGGGGAAAUCUUGGGACAUUUUCGAAAAUUUCAGAUGAUAUUUUUCUUUUAGUGGAUUACCCGCAUGAUUGGUUGUUCCCUCAGUGUGCAGCUGUGGUUCAUCAUGGAGGCGCUGGGACAACCGCAACAGGAUUGAGAGCUGGGUGUCCUACAACCAUCGUUCCUUUCUUUGGAGAUCAAUAUUUUUGGGGGGAUAAAAUAUAUAAUAGAGGACUGGGGCCCACUCCAAUUCCAAUAUCUCAACUUACAGUUGAAGCACUUUCAGAUGCGAUAAAUUUCAUGCUACAACCCGAGGUGAAAGCUCGAGCAAUGGAUUUAGCGAAACUAAUAGAGAAUGAAGACGGUGUUGCUAAUGCCGUGAAUGCAUUCCACGGCCACCUGCCGCCAGAUAUGCUGUUGUCGCCACCUCCAUCUUAA